AUGGAAGACGAUAAGGAGAGCGUGCAAGUCCUGCCAGAGUACUUGCUGCCACCGCAUACAGCACCACUAGUGAAGCGUAUACCGAUAAAGAUGAACAAGAAGAUGAAAGGUUUGAGUUUGUUGCAGUUUCCGACGAGUACGAGUAACUUGAGUGGGCCAAUCAAGGCAGAGAUCAAGAAGGAGAAUAAGAAGAUCAAGUUGUAUACGGAGCUGGAUAAGAGGGGUAUUGUGUAUAACAAGGCUAAUGAUAUUGAUAAGCUCGAGUACUCGUCGACGCUGAUGGGGGUGAAUACUAAUUACUUUGUGGGGAUAAUCCAGGAAGGGGAGUUGCAUUUGAAUAAGCUGGAGGAUAUUUAUCAGUUGCGCGUCAAUCUCAACCAGCUAAAGACCAAGAAGACGGAGGAUGUCGAGGAUAUGGAGGAGGAGGAGGAUAAGAAGGCAACUACGGGGAGUGUUACGUCCAAGCUGAUUGGUAUACAGGCACAGGCCAGUGGGGACAAGCCGGCGCUGUCGAGUGUACAGGAUAUUCUGCGUAAGGACGAGGAUGAGGCGUACCUGGGUUAUGGAUGGCGGGAGUUUGAUUCCAACGAGUCUAACAAGCAAUUUCAGAAAAUGUUUACCGAUUCAUCCACCAAGCUCAAUAACCAGACGAAAUCCAAGGAAUUGCUUGUAUAG